GCUAAUAUGUGCUUUUACCAUCUAUAUUAAAAUUCAUAGAUCAUUUGUAUUUACUCGAUGUUAUUGAUACGGCAAUCAGUUGUAGUCUGUAUAUACGACAGUAAAAAUAUUAUUUGUAAAUCGAGAUAUGUUAUUCUUAACUGUGCCAAUUAAUUGUGUACUCUAACAGUUGUUUAAUUAAAACAAUCGUUUGAUAUAAAAGUUAUCAUGUCAUCUCAUCAUGAUGACUUUAAUUAUGUUUCUAAAAAAAAAAGAUAUAAUAAAAGAGAAGAUAAUAUUACUGAAAGUAAAAAACAUAAAUUCUUAAGUUCACACAGUUCGUUUAGUCAUACGUCUUUGCAAAGAAUUAAAAAUGAUGAAGAAUAUAAAGAAAUGGAUUCAACAAAUCAUGGCACUGAAGAACAAUCGUAUGAAUAUAAAUCACAACACGAUGUUAAAAGCUUUUCUUUUAGUAAACAUAUGAAUGAAUUAAAUAAAGUAUUUAGAGCCAAUACAAACUUGAUUCCUGAUACAAAUGACUUUUGGAAAUUUGUUCAUAAAUAUGAAAUGGUGGAAAGAAGAAUGAGCAAUGCAAAUGAGACAGAAAGAAUCUGUGAUUUGAAUUCGCUUGGAGUACCAAAAAUAUAUCAUAAAACACACUGUAUAAAUUUCAAAUUAAAUUUAAGUUUUGGAGAGUUAUUUGUCAGAGUUCCUGAAACUAAAGCAUUAACAAAAGAUCAAUUAUUGAAAUUCAAAUAUAUAAUUAAUUUAUAUUUAGAUUUUAAACAAAAAGAAAAAUUUACUAAAUUAAAAAAACUUAGAGAAACACAGGCAAAUCUGCCUGUUGCCCAGUAUAAAAAUGAAAUUAUUGAAACGAUUAAACAAGAAAGAGUAGUUAUUAUAGCUGGUGAUACCGGUUGUGGAAAGUCAACUCAAGUGCCCCAAUAUUUAUAUUCUGCUGGUUUUAAUAAGAUUGUUUGUACACAACCAAGGAGAAUAGCAUGUAUAUCUUUAGCAAAGCGUGUAGCUUUUGAAACAUUGACUGAGAACUAUAAUGAAGUUGGUUAUCAAAUUCGCUUUGAAAAACAAAAAACUCAGGAAACAAAAAUUACUUUUAUUACAGAGGGUUUACUUUUAAGACAAGUAUCAGGUGAAUCAGGAUUAUUACCCUAUGAUGUUGUAGUAUUGGAUGAAGUCCAUGAACGUAAUUUACAUGGUGACUUCCUAUUAGGUGUUAUGAAAUGUAUUAUACAUCAAGAAUCUAAUAUAAAGUUAAUAUUGAUGUCUGCUACCAUCAAUAUACAGUUGUUCAGUAAUUACUUUGCAAAGGAGAAUGCUAAAGUGAUACAGGUUCCUGGAAGAUUAUAUCCCAUUCAAUUAUUAUUCCGACCUAUUACUAUAGAAGAUAUGAAAUAUAAGAACAAUAGAUUUAAUCCCACUCCAUAUGUACAAAUAAUGCAAAUGAUUGAUCACAAAUAUCCAGCUGACGAAAAAGGUGAUUUAUUAAUAUUUCUAAGUGGAAUGAAAGAAAUUACUGCAGUUGUAGAUGCUGCCAAGGAAUAUAGUACAAAAAAGAAUAAUUGGAUUGUUUUACCAUUACAUAGCUCACUCUCUCUUGCUGACCAAGAUAAAGUAUUUGACUAUGCUCCAGAUGAAGUGAGAAAAUGUAUUGUAUCUACAAAUAUUGCUGAAACCUCUGUUACCAUAGAUGGAAUUAGAUUUGUAGUUGAUAGUGGCAAAGUAAAAGAAAUGAGUUAUGAUCCUUUAUGUAAAAUGGAACGCCUGAAGGAAUUCUGGAUCAGUAAGGCCAGUGCAGAACAAAGGAAAGGUCGUGCUGGUAGAACUGGACCUGGUGUAUGCUACAGGCUUUAUUCUGAAGAAGAAUACAUAGCUCUUGAAGAAUAUUCAACUCCUGAGAUACAACGUGUACCUUUAGAUUCUUUACUAUUACAAAUGAUUGCUAUGGGAUUACCAGAUGCAAGAAAGUUUCCAUUUAUAGAACCUCCACCCUCGCAAAGCAUAGAAAACUCAAUAUUGUCAUUGAAAGAACAUAGAGCAUUGACAAAUGAUGAAAAAUUAACAUCUAUUGGGCUAACAUUAGCACGUCUCCCAGUUGAUAUAAGAAUAGGAAAAAUGUUAAUAAUGGGUUCUAUUUUUCAUCAAGUUGAACCAGUAUUAUCACUUGCUGCUGCUUUAAGCAUACAAACUCCUUUCACCAACAGAGCUUACAAAGAUAUAGAAUGUGAGACAUCUAGGAAAAAGUUAGAGUCUGACCACGGUGAUCCUAUAACAUUAUUAAAUGCAUUUAGAGAGUGGUUAGAAGUGAAACAACAAAGUAUACACGAAUCUAGAGGAAGUGGGUGUAACAGUAGAAAAUGGUGCAGAAGAAGAGGCUUAGAGGAACAAAGAUUUUAUGAAAUGAUAAAAUUACGUACACAAUUUAAAGAAUUACUGCAAGACUGUGGUCUAUUAAAAAGUUUAACAGAACCAAAUUCUUCUAUGACUAGUACCGAACGAGCAAUACGACAUGGUGAAUUAAAACUUCUAAAAUCACUGAAACAAACUUAUAAACAAAGUGCACCCACAAAACGUAAACAAUUGAAAAUAGACACAUUUAAUAUACAAUUAGAAGAUAAUGAUAAUAAUGAUGAUGAAAUAGACAUAAAAGAUGUUGAAUUUCGAAUGAAAAAUGACGCAACUCAAGUUCAAAAUCUGUUAACAGCAGCUACUGCAUGUAGUUAUAAAGAUCUGACAAUGAUAAAAAUAAUACUUUGUAGUGGUUUAUAUCCACAAUUUGCAUGUGCCGAUGAAUUUAAUUAUUGCAAGUCUACAAGUGAGCAGCUGUUUCACACAAAAACCAAGCCAUAUGUUGCAUUACAUCCAAUGAGUUUCUUUGGUAAUUAUCCACAAGUUCUACAAUUAGAAGAACAUGAUAUAACAUCAAUACCAGGUUUUAAAAGCAAAACUCCUGUUAGUUCUAAACAUCAAUUAUUAACAUAUUUAUCUCUACUGGAAACUACAAAACCUUAUUUAGUAAACACACUUAAAAUGCCUGCUGCACAAACAUUAUUAUUAUUUGCACAAGAAAUUGAUACUAACGCAACUUUUUCAAUGAUGGUAUGCGAUGCAUGGCUAUUAUUAGAAUUUCCUCUGCCUGAUACUGGACAGACACUAUUAAUGAAAUCUACUAAGUUACGUCACAAAUGGGAAUUUCUUUUAAAUGAAAGACUAAAAGAUUCAGGAACUCCAAAUAAUAUGUUUAAUAUUAGCAAGAUAGAACAUGAACUUACUCAAGAAUUAAUUGACUAUAUGCAUACAACAGUUCCAUAUGUAAUAAAGCGACUUUUACCUGCUGAUUUAAAAACAAUAUAUGUUGGCAAUGGCAAUAAUAUUGUACAUAUUGAUUCUAAUCCUUUUAAAUUUGAUUUUAAACCUAUAUGUAAUUCAGUGAAAGGAGGGAUGUACUUAACUGAUAAUAUUACAUAUAAUUGUAUGAAGGAAACUGAUUGGAGUGACAAAAUAGCUAUUAAUAUGUAUGAAACUACCUGGACUUGUCAGCAAUGCAAUGUAGAAGCUAUCUUUAAUAGUAUUGAAAAACUCCAACAUCAAAGUACUUGUAUGCAAUCAUCAGUAAAACAAACUACUGAUAAAGUUGAAAACAUAAAGUCGAAACCUAACAGUCAGGCUUAUGAUUGUCCUGAAUGUUCAAAAACUUUUCAUCUUACACCUAUUGAAAUAUUGAAACAUAAAAGACAACAUAUAAAGACAAAUGUGUCAUAAACAACUUAA